ACAGAGUUGGCGAGGUGGAAGUGGAAAGUUGUCAAGAAAAUGUCAAGUCGGAAAAUGAUUUCGUGACUCCUUUGCCGCCGCUCUUUUUCUCUUUCCAGUUCUCUGAACUCUAAACGCACAAUAAACUGUGAAGGCUAGUACAAUCCUGCUAAUGGAGGGUUUAAGAGACUCCACAGCGGUGACUGAUUCAGUCUCCUCUACAAUACCUGGCCCUUACAUCAACCCAGAAAGGACCGAAUCCAUUCCAUUGAAGGGAAAAACAGCAUCAUCAAAUUUCUUUGCGCGUUGCUGUCAGAAUUGCUUAGGAUUCGCUGAUGACGAUGCUGGAGAUGGUUUGAAAGUCAUUAUUAUUACAUUCUUUAUCCUGUCAGCAGCUGUGACUGUUGCUCUUGUUGCUCAGAUCUACCAUGGAGAUUUUCAAGUUGUUCCUCAUGGAAGUGUUGCGACUGAUAGUGAGAAUUGUUCCAAAAUUGGUACUGAUAUGUUAAAGAAGAAUGGAAAUGCUGUUGAUGCAGCAGUAGCCAGUACUCUAUGCAUGGGUGUCGUAAACCCUCACAUAACUGGUCUGGGAGGUGGUGGUUUUAUGCUGGUGUAUGAUCAUCGCCGAAGUGCUGUGCUGGAAUCCCUGGACUUCAGAGAGGUCGCUCCUCGGUCCUUAUCUGGGCCAAUUCAUGAAACUGUUGGAGCCAACAGUGUAGGUGUCCCUGGCCUUGUGAGUGGGUUGUUUUCUGUUCACAAGGCCCAUGGAAAUCUUCCUUGGCUGGAUGUUGUCAAACCUGCUGCUGAUAUUGCUAGAUCUGGAUUUUUGGUUCCAAAGAGUUUAGUGGCAGCCCAAAGUCAUUUAUUACCUCGCUCUGGUUUCAAUGCGAUGCUUCACGAUUUGGUUGAUUCUCUUGAAGCUGGACAGUUGCUGAAACUACCAGCACUGGCAGAGACCCUUGACCUUAUUGGAAAUAAAGGACCAGAUGUAUUCUACAAUGGAAGCAUUGCCAAAGAAAUCCUAGCUGUAACACAAGGAAGCUCUUUAACAGCCAAUGAUCUUUCAAUUUAUGGCCCAGUGCAGCGAGAAUCACUCCACGAGAGCUUCUAUGGCUUUGAUGUCAUUGUUCCUGGAGCACCUUCAGGUGGACCAUUAUUACUUGCAGCGCUAAAAAGCAUAUACACUCUUAAUUUGACCGGAUUUGUUGCUGAAGGAUCUACUCCACUUUUGUUGUUAAAACAAGCUCAAGCAAUUCAGCAGAAUUAUCCAGAUUUCUUUUUGGAGUCAGGUGACCCAGAUUUCAGUUCUGCCGCACCCUCUGGUCCAACAACAUUUACCCCUAUGCCAGAAACUGUCUCUUCGCAUGUUGCUGCUGUUGAUCUCAAUGACCUCUAUGUUUCAGUUGUGAGUGGGCACAACUCCCUGUUUGGAUCUCAAAUCUUGACUGGAGCAGGUUUUGUCCUAAAUAAUGCGCUGGCAAGCUUUGAUUCAACAGAUUCCGAUAAACCUGUCAAUGCUAGUCCUUUGAAUAGACCCAGCAUUGUCAGUCCCCCAGUUGGUUUUUCAGAAGACCAUCCAAAUCCUUCUGCGUCUGUGACAUAUGAUUCUCAACCAGCUCCUGAGCAGAGGCAACAAGUUUCAGCGAGUCCUUCAUCGCUGGAAACAGCCCCAUUGCAGAGACCCAAACGAUAUGACCCAGGACCCAGAGCAACUGUGUGGGGCAGUAGUGUGGCUAACAACGCAUUGGCUGGUGGCAAACGGCCCAUUUCUCUUGCUACACCAAUUAUUGCUGUGGAGAGGGGCCUUAUCUGCGGUCGACGGUUAAUAUUAGGCGGAAGUGAUGCGAGUAUUGCAGCGCAAGUCCUGUCCCAAUUGGUGGUAUUAGAUGAGAAUGUAACUUCUAGUGUUGAAUUCCCAAGAGUGAGAUUCAAUUCUGUGGGUUCAACCUUGUCACUUGAAGAAUCCUAUGCCAGCCAUUUGAGCUCUGCCAUACGACAACGGUUGGCAGAUCUCGGUGUUCAAAUGCAACCUCAGACUGCUGUCAACCCCAGCGUUAAUAUUAUAGAAAAGAUAGGUGACACUUUAGCAUCUCAUUCUGAUUCGCGGGGCGAAGGACAAUCUAGUAGAUUCUAGAAUAAGGUACUUCAAGCAAAAGACUUCUAAUCCAAAGAGCUUACUUCGUCCUACCAAAUUUUUUGAAAACAUGAGAUUAUUGAUAUAUUAACUUAUUUAUUUAACUUAUAAAGUACUUCACAUAGAUCUAUGCUGGUAAACAUAGUGAUAUAGUUAUUUAUAAUAAUGAAAUAUUUAUCUGAACUUUGUUGGUGCUUUCAAUGUACUUGCUUGUUUAAAAUUUACCAAUUUUAUUUCAAAUUUGUAUUUUGUUAUCUUUUUACAAAAAAUAUAUAAUUAAACAAUGACUAAACAUCAAA